GUUUUGCCAUUGCGCAAUUUGGAGUCCGGCAAUGCACUGACCAGUGGCUUUACAGUAGCCAGAUACGUGCCUUUGGUAGCAGAACAAGAGCCAGGGGAAGAAGACUCCGAGGAAUCAGAUGUUGACGAUGAUGACGAUUGCAGCAAUAUCGAGGAAGAUGACAAUGACGAAGAGGACGAGUCUGAGGCAGAAAAUCGAAGACGAAAGAAAGACCAAAAAGCCACAAAGAAGGCGGCUCCAAAAGGUAGAGGUCGCGGCAGAAGUAGGACUGUGUCAGAAGACCACGCGAAACAGCAGUCAGAAGCUGCCUCUUCUUCUGGUGGCGUGCUUAAG